AUGUGUCAGAUCGAUAUGUGUGGUAUUCAAGGUGCAGAUUGUAAAUCAAAUGCUCAAUGUGCUCCAGGAUUCAGAUGUGAAGGUAAUUCAACUUGUACUACUGCUAGAAAAGAAGGUGAUAUUUGUAUCGAUGACAACGAAUGUGCAUUUGGUUUGAAAUGUGUAAACAGUGAAUCGAAUUCCAAAUGUAGAAAUGCUAAAUAUGUUCCAAAUGGUGGAGCUUGUACUUAUAAUUAUCAAUGUCUAGGUUCGAUGUCAUGUGAUAAACAAAAUAAAUGUAGUUUGAACGAAGGAACUUGCAGUAUGAAUGAAGAAUGUCCACACGGAGAGUAUUGCAAGCAAGGUCAUUGUAAGAAAAUGAUUACUCUUGAUGCCGAUUGUAAUUUCCCAGAGGAUAUCUGCGAGUAUCCAAAUAUUUGUAGUGCCACCGAUGGUCGUUCUACCAAGGGUAAAUGCAAGCCAAUGUUCAGUAAACAACCAGGUGACACUUGUUUUGCCCAAUUCGGAGAGUGUAACAUGGCCCAGGGUUAUAGUUGUCCAUCUUCCGGUGGUGCCAUCUCUUCAUGUCAACCAAUCUUACCAGGAAUCAAUUGUGUCGACGACAGUGGAUGUGAUCCAAAGUGGUCAGUUUGUUCAUGUGGAUCUGAUUCCUCAAAUACUACCUGUCAAAAUAGAAUCUACUUUGACAACACUUGUCAAACCGAAUACUCCAAGUACAGAGAAUGUCUAGUGAGAAACAGAUGUCCAUAUUCCAAUUCUAUCGAAGGAAGUGGACAACCACAAAACAGCCGUAGCUCAUGUGACUUGACUCAUUGUGGAAAUGAGACAGUUUGUUUCUAUGCCGCCUGUUUGAGAACCGAAUUCCCAUGUGGUGUUCCAAAGGAUAUUGGUAUCUGUGCUAUCAAAUUCAGUCAUCCAAAGGCAAUUGCCGGUCCAUCGGUUUUCGGUAAUGUUACCAGACAUGGAGUAAAUGGUACAGUCACCGGUGUUGCUGCUGGCAACGCCACAGUUACCCCAGGUCCGAAAGGUAAAAACGAUACACACACUGACUUGAAUCAAGAAGAUGGAAAGAAUAGCUCUAGCCGAUUGAUGGUAUCAAUGAGUGCUGUUUUCAUUGCCAUCGUAACUCUUUUACUCAUUUAA